CAAAAAUUCAUGUAUACAGCAGCAACCAAUUUUAUCAAUGAAUUUAUCGAUUAUUGAAAAUAUAAUUGAUUAUGGUGAAACAUUUUUGGAUCUACAAGUUGGUUCAAAUCUAACAUUAAUCUGUACAACGGAUAUUAAUAACAAUGAUGAUUAUAAUAUGACGGAAAUUAGCUGGAUUCUACCCGAAUUUCAUCCGUAUUAUGAUACAAUUCUACCUGAAUAUAUUCAAAUUGAAGAACGAAUAUAUCGUAAUCAAACGGGAAAACCAUACAAACGGGAAAGUCGUUUAACGGUAAUCGGUGUCGAAAUAAAUGAUGUUGGAUAUUAUACCUGUACAUAUCGAAAAUAUUUACAUCUUAUUCACGAUGAAUCGAUUGCUUUCAGAAUUCAUGGUUCAUUGAAUACUAUUUAUCUUUAUGUAACCGAUUUUGAAAAUUUAUUUAUAAAAUCUGUACCAGUUAUGAUGGCCAUCUAUGGUCGUCCAGGUGAAAUUGGUUGUCGACCAUCAUCAUCACGUGCAUUGAUUGAAUUAAUAUCGGUGGAUGAAUCAUCACGUACACAUCAUCAGAUUUCCUAUGAUAAAAAUGAUGAUUAUGAAUGGACAAAUUCAUCAUCAUCGAUGGUUAUUUAUAAUUCACGUCGUGGAUUUCUAUUACCAAAUCUAACUAAUGAUCAUUAUAUUUGUCGUGUAUAUCUUACUAAAUUCAUUGAAGAAUCAUCGUUUAAUAUAACAUCUGAUGAUAAUAUCGUAAUUCAUUUUACAAGUUUGUUGAUAAUUUUUUAGUUAAUUUUUUUUAUUUAAAGAAACUCUCUAAUCCACAAUUGAAUAGAUGGCGUCGAUU